GUUGAUGUUCGUGUAACCAGGUAAACAUCUUAUUUAAAAGUUAGGAAGACAUACAGGUGUCACUUGACAACAAGACACACAAGUAGUGUGACUGCUGUGUCCACGAGACAGAGCUUGUGUUUUUCUUUCACAAGAUGAAAUUUGAUUGGCUGUUUCUGGCAUUUGUGUGCGGGGCUGUCUUGAAGUACGGACAGACAGCAGGUAGACAACGCAGAGGUAGAGGAUCGGACGAGCAAAGGGUCAAAAUGUCAUAAUCAAAACGGCCAAAAUGAAAUUUGGAACUCGAUGAAAUAUAAGUAUUGCAGUUACGACCGUGUUCUCUCGAACAUGUUUUUUAAAGAAAAUGAAAUCAUACAUAAUGAUUUUCCGCGCCAAAUAGCCAACAUCACAAAUUUUAAAGUCUGGAACAUUACUAACGACCAAAACAACCUGCCCCAGCGACAACUGCAGGACUACCUAAACCGGAAACUCCAACAUAAACGAUCCACGAGCUCAUGUUGUGAAACAACAUGGAAGUGCAUAUCUCCAGUGACAGUAGACUACGGUGGCAAGGAGUAUAAUGUCUACCAGCCCGAGGACGGAUACCAGAUAGUCUUUAUUGGUCAAUGUGGGGCCGGGGAGACGUGUCAGUUCGGUACUUGUAUAGAAGAGGACGAUUACUACACAUGGAUCAUCAUCGUUACUGAAAACGUCGCCUACGACCCGCCAAUCCUGUUUGUUCCUAUCAGAUUCAACAAUUUCUGCUACUGCGCUACAAUAUAGCUACUGAACAAUUUCUUCAUUUAUAUAUAAUUACAUAUCUACGUAAUCCACAAUAUGAAUCCGGGUUAAUGUCAUCCAAAUCAAAUAUAAUCAUCACACCUCUAACCAGGAUAUCAUGAUUUCAAUUCAUAAGCAUUAUCCUCUACGUUUGUAUCACCCCAACAUUGAAAAAUUAAUUCUCCGCUCCACAAAUCUAAGUAAAUAAAAUAUAACUACUUUCCAGAUUUAUUUUUAAAUCAAUUCUAAAAUGCUUAGUUUCAACGAAAACCAAAAUGAUAAUUCUAUGAACAGCGAAAGAGUGGAUCGGUGUAGAAAGGUGAACACAAUAAAAUAUAUCUGACGAACUAUGAAAUAAACUUCACAAAAAGCACAGUUUAUUAACAAAAGAAACUCAAAGACCUCUUCUAAAACUGAACUGUGAAAGAUCCUACAUAUCAAGUUUUUCAUGAAAAAAAACCCCAGGAGGCCCACUGUAUCAUUCACCUGACAUUAAUCCCAGAAGUUGGUUCUAAGUGAAACAUUUACAUUGUAUUUGUGAAGUAUUAUGAGUUUGUUUCAUAAAGUAUAAGUCAUUCAUAGUUAGUUGAUAGUUGUCAUAGAUGUCAGCUUUAUUUCCAAACACAAUCUUAAAUUGCGAGAUGUAUGUUUUCUAAGUGGACGAUAUAACUACAUAUACUGUAGUUCACAUAUAAGAAUGUAGUGGCCAUCUAUGGUGCAUAACUAGGUCAUUUGGUUUUUCAGAAUAAGUUGUCAAAAGUUUAAUUUUUUACCUCUGUGACCUAUCAUAUACAUUAAGUUCGUUCAUUUGAACAACUGUGUUAGCUCUUUAUCCAGUUAUAUCACUUGGUAUUCAGAAGAUGGUUACAGGUUUUGAAUAUAUUGACCCUGGUGACCUUGAAUAAAAGUACACAUCAUUCAUUCAUUCAACAAACUUCAUAACCAUUUAUCACAGAAUAUUACUGGCCAAAUUAAUUACUCUUAGCCUUUGGAGUUUUCAGAAGAACCUAUUUAAUUGACUUAAACAAAUUUGAGACCCUUGUGACUUUGGGUUUAUGUCAAGGUCAGUCAUGUGAACUAACAUGGUAGCCCUUCGAUAGGGCCUGCUACAGGCCCAAUAUAUGUCUCUGGACAUUUCUUUUUUUUUAAAUUUUAAUGUCUAACCACUGUGACAUUCAAGAAGGUCAUGGUUAUUCAUUUACACAAACUUGGUACCACGUCAUCACAACCAGCUACAAGCACAAUAUCAGGUAUCUGGGCCUCUUGGUUAAUUAAAUUGAAACUUUACCUUGACCAAAGGGCCUAUAUUACCCAUCUUUUCUGCAGCUUAUAAAGAGAAAAUUGCUGAAGAUUUCAUUCAGGUGAAUUUUGAAAUGUUUACAAUGUCUGUGAUAUGUAUCUAACAUACUCUAUAAUGUUACCAUUAAAUAUCAUAACUUAGGGUUCUCAGCUAUUUAGAAAAAGUAUUUGAAGAUUUUAAGGUUUGAUCACUGAUGGCUGACCUUAAGAAAUGGCGGAGGUCAUGUAUUUGAAUAAAAUUGGUAGCCCUUCAGCUAAGGAAGCUAUAUGCCAAAUAUCA